AUGGCCCGAUGCAGCCGAAAGCCGCAGAAGCAGCAGGCCUUGCCCCCAGCACCCCCUUUGCUAGCCGAGCAAGCACUCAAACCGCUCACCCCGGAGCAGCCCAGCGGCGAACACACGUUCGCGGACGGCCUGGAAUACAGAGAGAAAAACUGGCAUUACUGCGACGGCUACGACAGAAGGUUUCACACAGAAAUCUGCUCGGGUCUCAAACCGGCAGGCAUUUCCCAGCUUACAAAUUUGGAUCCUCCUCGAAAAAUCCCCGAAGGAUGUUACGACUGUGGUGAUGGAUUCUAUAAUCCUAUAACCAGAGUUAUCAUUGACUACAAAUUCAGAUUUCUGAGAAAUGCAGAUGACGAUGAACAUGAAUGGAUUGUUCGGACCUGCCGGAAAGGUUGAGAUAAAAUAACUGGAAAUAAAUUUAAACUAUGAAAACAGCUUUUUGCUAGAUGAUAAUAUUACAAAGUAGGUAAUUUGAUUCAUGAUAAGUCUAAUUUGUCCUUGUGGAUUUGUAUCAGCUUUUCCCUCUAUAGGAAUAUAAUCUUUUUGUCAUCUUUGUCAGCAUAAACAAAAAUGGAAAUAAUCAUUUAAUCAGUCAUUCUGAAAAAAAGCCAUGGAAAAAAAAGCAGACUGUACUCAUAAUAUUAUUCCUGAGAGGUGUGCAGUGUAGUAUACAUACACAUUAUUAAGCCUGAAAACAAUUUGUUAAAAAGAGUGCCUCAAAUUCAAUGUCAAAGUCAUUCAAAUCCAUCUUAAUCAACAUUAUUUUCCCAGAUUUUAGUUAGCUGUCCUGGUGAAUUCCUUUCCUCUCUUUUCGCUCAGUACUUUGAUAUUGAUUGAUCAUUGUAAUAAUGUACACCAGAGGUAUUCUUUAAUGACUGGUUUGCUAACUAGGAAAUUAUAUCCAUUUACUACGAACGUUUGUUGAACUCUCCUGAAGCCAGAGUUUAACAAAAUAAUAAAAGAGGAAAACUGGGUGGGUUGCUGCUUGAUUAGUAAGCCAGAAAGUAUUUAAAAAUAAAAUAAAAUGGAAUUACAUCAUUUUCUGGAUGUGAGUGCCAGCACUUCUACUUGCAUUAACUUUAUUUAUUACACAAAUAAGACAUUUACAAAGCACAACAUUAAAAGUAUGUAACAAAACAGACAUUGGUUUUACAAAAAAGUGCUUACAAUUUAGUUUUACUUUUUUAAAAUAAAUAUUAGUCUUGACUGUCCACUCAUUCAGAGAAUUUUUUUAACCAUUGUAGCCAAGACAUGCAUAAUUGCAACAUGCUACAGCAAAAUGAUUGGCUGAUGAAAUAAAACUGAUGUGUCUGUAAUUGGCAUCAUACAGCUAUAUCACCGAUAGUAGUGCAGGAUUGAUUCCCACUCCCCCAUCCCAACUAGUGAGUUGUGUAAGCACCUUUAGCUAGGGCAUUGGGGUUAACCAGCGUGAGCCAAAAAAAAAUUUUGGUAGCAAAACUGUAAACCGUUCCACUUUCAGACCCUCACCAUAUUUAAUUACCAUAUUAAAUGUGAGUGAAAAGCCUUUCAUUGGCUAUCUUCAUUGGAUUUUGUCUGCAACAGUUUUUGUAAAUAGCAACUGGAAAAGUUGAAUACAUAGAGUCUGCAUUACUGCAGCAGAACCCAUUUGGCAAUUACUGAAUAAACUAAAAAAAUGAGAAGGAUUUUUUAAUUUUUUUUUUUUUUAAUCUAUAGACAGGAGAUGAAUGCAAAUGACCUGAGAUAAGGUUUGGUUCAGUGGCAACAGUCAGUGUGAAAUGUGUUCUGAAACAAUGUAUUGAAUAAAUUAAAGGAUUUCUUACAUUCUUGGUACAGUUGAGUAUUUUCCAUACACAUAAUUAGCUCUAAAACUGCACAAGCUGAAUUGCUUCCAGUUUUUGCAAACAAUUUGGGCUUAAUAUAAACAGAGCCUGAUUUCUGAAUUAGCAAAGCUGCUCCUGGCUACUUGCUGGGGAAACUGCCCUUGAGCACAGUUUGUACAGUGCAAUACACUGCAUGUCUAGUGGUGAUUCCACUACACAUAUUUGGUCAGAAACAUCUACGUUACCUUAGCCCUGUGCAUUGCACGCUGGUCCUGUCAGCGGUAUCAGUUACAAAAACUUUGAUAUACAGUACAUUUCACAAGUGUUUUUUUUUUUUUUGAUCAGUAACUAAGUUGCUAUUUAGCAGAUACAUACUUAAUAGUCUCCCUUUCAUUGCAUUGCUGAGCCAGAAGAUAAAUGCAUCAGACCAUUUUCUCUGUCAGCAAAACAGUUGUGGAAAUCUCAAGUACUGUGGGAUGUCAGGUCAAGUUACAGCCUGGAGUCUCUCCUUCAGUCUUCCAACGAAUAGCUACCCAUUAGUUUAUAGCACUAAUUCCACAACUGAACAAUCAUUAGAACGCGCAAGCACAAAUGGAGGAGAACGUUGGGCCCUGGUGACCCCUGCCAACCACCUUCAACUUCUCACAGCUAUUUCAAGCAGACACAGCAACUACUACAACCUUGCAAUAAUAAAUACUGAGAAUCAGAACGCUCCACUAACAGCCAACAAAACGCGUGCCAGGCCUUUUGCUCGUUGCUAUAGCCAAGGAGAAAAGCAACCAAAACAGAUGCAACUUUUGACUGUUCUCUCACCAAAGGGACACUUCUGGAGCAGUGGUUCCGGGCAGGUCAUGGCUGCAGCAGUGUCUUGUCAUUGUUUGUACACAUUGGAAACAAUUAUUUGCUUGCCAAGAGGUUACAAUAAUAUAUUGCAGGCCUAAUUUCCUCCCUGCUUUUGAAUAUUAUUUUAAGUUGGGAGAUAGAGCUGCUAGCUGUUUGUUGCGGUUAAUCAGAAUACUGGCCUAACUGUCCAAACUGUUACCAUCACUGCAUAGAUAGAUAUAUGUAUUAAUAUAUGUGUGUGUGUGUGUGUGAGAUAUACACACACACACACACACACACACACACACACACACAUAUAUACACACACAUAUGCAUAUAUAAAUAUAUAUAUGUACAUAUAUAUGUGCAGCUGUUUCAACAAAUAUGGAUAAGUGUUUGUAUUCAGUUACUUUUCAGACGGAGACUCCAGCUCUCCCUGCAGCUCGCGCUGCGGUCGUGGUGGCGAGCGCUUAGCUGGAGCAGUCUGUUGCCCAGCGGCAUCGCAGCACCUGUAGGGCAGGGCCAGGGAAAGGCUUGCCAUGUUUGCAACGCUGCCCGGCCAAACCAGCGGGACGGCUGCCCGCUCGGCCGACGCUGGAGAUUGAUCCAGGUUCUCCCGGAGAGAAAAACACAUGUAUCUACAGUCUGAAUUAAAAACAAGUUAUGUAACUGAUGGAUUCCUGUCUUCUGUUCCUUGGGCACAGUUCGCUCCCAUUACACAUUAACUGUGGCUCAUAGUAGGCUUUCACAUUUUUGGAAAUGCUGCCUCCACCAGCGUGCGUACAUGGAGAGAGGUUUUGUUAUAGACCUAAUCUUGGCUUGGUGCAAACUGAGAAGGGUUGGCAAAUGUUAGUUGUUUACUUUUUGUUAUUACCGUCAAUGAAGUAUCAUUUCAGAGCUUUUUCCCUGAUCUGGGGCCAGAGUGCUGAGUACUUCCUUUGUUGUUGCAAGGGGGCUGCCUCCGAGGGUGAGCCCUGCAUUGCCUGCUCCUCUGAGAGCAGUCGUUCUGGACUGUGCCUUCGGCCGAGGGCUUGGCAGAAGCAGCAGCGAUACGCCAGCAACGGAGAACAACACAAGGGCAGAGGUAAGCAGCCAACGCUGCCAGAUGAAAGGACAGGCCGUCACGUUGCUGUACACUCGGCUAGUGACUGUUCCUGCUGGCCUUACAGGCACUGUUGUUUCCACUUUCUUAACCGGUCUCUGAUUUCUGCCCAACUGUUUUCACUGACUGAACUUGUUGCUGGAGUCCCCCUCGCGGGGUCCAUACCAGAGCAAAACAUUUCUACACAUUCAUGGGCCAGCCCCCACUCAGGAUGUCCCAGUCCCAGUGCAUUACGUGGCUACGAGGUUUGUGUAGGUGCAUUCUUCAAUCACCCAUUCAUGAUCCAAUACGACUCCCAGGAAAUAAAGUAGUUUGUUAAUAAGAUUUAAGAAUAAAAAAUGAUGAUUUGGCAGAUGGCUGUGAGAUAAGAGAUAUAUUCAGUGCUCUGAGAACAAGUUGGCAAUGAAAACCAUCAGAGUGCUAAACGUGACUCUGCCACCAACCCCCACUGCCCCUUUCAGUUUAGGACAUCUCAGUUUCCCCUCCUAAAAAAUGGGGGGGAAAACCCUAAGAUUUACUUACCUUACAGAGCGAGCAAAGGACAUGUGGUUCUAAAGCACUUUGAGGAGGAAGAGAAACUGCCUACUUCCAGCGGGCAUCAUGGUUUCCACUUAGUGGAGUCACAGCUACCAAUGCACUUGGCUCAGGAAGUUCUGCAUAUGUAUUAAGCUGCUGAGCCAAAGAGCCCAUUUCAGAUUUCACACGUGAGUGUAAAUAAGGAGGGAUGUCCUGGAACCAGCAGUGCUUCACUGGUGCAAAAGAGAAUCAGGCCAAACCACGUGAAUUCCUCCUCUCUUUGUAUUGAUAGGCGGUCAUCGAACCCCCCUGUGACUCGGCAUUUACUGUUUUGUUUGUAUUCCCAUGAUUUUGGAAGCAAGAUUUUAAGCACAGUAGAGUCACUAAUUUUGACUGCGUCCGGCAUUGCCUUGGAGAGACUCACUGUCAUUCUACAAGUCCACAAGAAACAA